AUGGGUUCAGGGAGCAGAAUUAAGUUUGCUAUUUGUGAAGUACUGCAGUUUGCCGCCUUCUGUGUUCCAUUUUUCAUUGUGAUGCAGCGCUUUGCUGUCAUCCUAGCACAAGCGAAGAGCCAGAUGCAGCCCUCUGGAGGAAGAUCUAGCAUGGCUUACUGGUUGAUCGUGUCUUCAUCUGUUGCUUAUCUGACAACCAUGGCACUUCUGGUGUGGCUACCAAUUAAAUACAUGGUGUUCAUAAAGAAGAAGGCCCUGGUGGGGAGAAAGAAAUGGAGACCUGUUGCUCUGGCGUAUGUGCUCCUCUCCACAUUACCCACUUUUGCAUUCCUAAUAGCCAGUUCUGAGGUGCAGAUUAGAAAUAAUAUGCAAUUUGAUACCUUCAAUGAGUUACCCGUGUCUUUGGUCCUGUUUUCCCUCAUCCUCAUUGACAUUGUGGAAAGAAUCCGUCACUGCAGACUUACUGGCCGGGCUAAUGAAUUGCAUCGAAAUGCUGACAUCCCAACCCUUAGCCUUGAGAUGAUGAUGCCAAUAGCUAGUACUGCCACUGGGCCAUCUCCUGUAGCAGUAAGUACUAGUGUGGGGCCACAGAAUGGAGCAAGAGCAACUAAUGGUCCCGCUCCAAGGUUAUCUGGAAGAACUGCAGUUACAGGGUUAUCAGGCAAUGGGAUGGUGACUGGGUUGCCUGCCAGUGGAGGAAUUACAGGGAUUCCAGGCAACAUGACAGGCUCAGCUGUGCCCAGCAAUGGAGCAGUGCCAGUAUUGUCAGGCAAUAACCAGAGGCAACCAUAUACUAUAUCUGGGAUUUGUCCAAGCACUGGCCUGCCCUUAAGAAAUUUCCCAUAUGCCACUGCAUACACGGGGCCACUCCGUUUUUUGCUAGCAAGUGAUGUGCGUGCUGAUGCCUUUGCUGACAGCUUCCUGUUCUGGUUGGACACAGCUGAAAUGGUGCGAGUUGCAAAUCACACCUCUGUCUACUUCUCGGGUUGGGCUUUACCAGUGUACCUCUUCAGCUUUCUUUCAAUGCUGCGAUUGGCUCUAAUGCCCCAUAUUCCCCUUCUCUCACCACUGGGGGUGGCCCUACAGGACCUCCCUUUCCUCAUUUUGAGAGUGGCCCUUCUAGCCAUUUUUGGGUUUGUCACACCAGUCCUGUUUGUGAUGAAGAACUUCUUGGUGUGUUUGGCUUACAUUUACUUUAACUUCAUGACCAAGCUUAAAGUCUUCAACACUGAGAGGAUGUUCUGA